AUGGCUCAAGAUCCUGCAAGAAAAUACGCAACUCCAAAUCCAAAGACUAGAUAUUUACUUGCGUGUAAUUUUUGCUCAAAGAAUAUAACAUCAGGGGUUCGAAGGGUCAAGGAACACUUGGUCGGUGGUUUUAAAAAUGUCACGGCAUGCUCUAAAUGUCCAUCACAUGUGAGAGAUGAGAUUAUAGAGUUCAUGAAGAAAAAAGAGGAUGCUAAACUGGAUCAAGAUCUUCCAUCAGCAUCACAAGGUAGGCAGGAUUUUGAAGAUUUAACCUUUGGAGAUGACGAAGAGGAUGAUGUUGGUAAUACAACAAUUAAAUCGAAGAAGCCGAGGACGAAAAGUGCUUUGGAUGUAUAUUACGACCGCGUUCCAGCAAAAGGAGUCCAAGUACAAAAAUUGAGCAAGGGAAAACAACAGACGAUAAAUGAUGUUCAGAGAAAAGAGUUACGUGACAAGGCUUGCACUAAAUUGGCUAAAUGGUUUUAUGAAGCCGGAAUACCAUUUAAUGCUGCUAAGCACGAAAGCUUUAAGAUUGCCAUUGAAUCUGUUGGACAGUAUGGUCCCGGUGUGAAGCCACCGAGUUAUCAUGAACUGAGAGUGCCUUUGCUGAAGAAAGAAGUUGAGAGUGUGAAUGCUCUCGUAAAAGAACAUAGAGAUGAUUGGGCAACUUAUGGAUGUUCAAUUAUAUCUGAUGGGUGGCGUGAUUCUGUUUCUCAUAAAGAAAUUAUCAACUUCUUAGUGAAUUCGCCAAAAGGUUCAAUUUUCAUCAAGUCUGUCGAUGUGUCUGACAUUGUAAAAGAUGCAAACGCUCUGGUAGCAAUGUUCGAAUAG